GACACAACCGGAAGUAAAAUUCUGCGUAUGUUUAAAGCGAGCAUUCACAGGCGUGUAUAGUGACAUGUUACAGUUUAUUUCGCAAAAGGAGUGUUUUAUAAAGUGGACAUAUCGACACGUAACUGCGUACAGAGAUUCGGAGGCACGUUAGAAAAGCCCAAAAUGGCUCAGUACACUUUCCAAGACCAGUUGUUGUCCGUCAUGGAGAUUCUGGCCAAAGCAGCCACGGAGGAAAUUAACCGGCGUGUGGCCGACAGCUGUGCGGUUAUCCGCAUCGAGCUCUCCCGCAGUCAGAGGGACAUCGACAGCCUGAAAAGGAAAUGCCAGGUGAUGGAGAAUGAAUUGAAGAAGGUACGCGGAAGAGGGAGGAGGAAAGUGUUCAUCUGCAGCUCCUCUGAGAAGAUUCCUUUUCAGAGUGCUUGUGCCCAAGACUCUGGUGUAAAUGCAUGCAGUGCUGAACAGCCUGUUCCACCAAUACAGGAGGAUCCUGAAGGGUCUACACAGCAGAUCCGUCAGACUAUCCAGAUACUGGAGGACAGAUCUGCGGCAACAGCCAUUAAAGAGGAGGGAAAUGAAAAUGAUCCAUGGAGUAGCGGAGAGGCUGCAGGGCAGUUUCCUUAUGGGUGUCAUGGCAAUAAGCCACACAACACAGCUCAGGAGAUAAGUGAAGAACAAAACCGAUUUAGUGAAGAGAUGGCGAGACAGAGGACGCACCUCACGCACAUCGGUUCUCCGGUUACGAGCAACGAGGAGCCUCCAAGCAGUCUAAGACUUCAGGUAAAAAGUGAAAAGGAGGAAGCGGAAGAGAAGGAAGUAGCAGAAGUCAUCGUGGUGGAAGGCUCUGAGCAAAGGAGAGACGAUACUAAUCACCCAGAGUUUGCUUAUAACAACAAGAGUAAUGAGGCAGAAAGAGCAGACAAGUCCUUCACAUCCACUCAACUCUCAUGUGACCUUUCAGUCUUCUCUCAGCCUGUGGAAGUGGCCAUGGAACAAUCCGGAAACGAUGCCAAAACUAUACAGAAUGACCAGAUAGAGAUGUAUGGUAUCGGACAGGUCAGUGUCCAUGAGCAACCACAACCAACCUGGUGCAGAGACAGAGCACACGAGGCAGAACAUAUGGUACAAAGACAGAGGCAUGAUGGCUUAAGCGCACACCAGCAGCACAGGACUUUAUCCAGACCCAGUGAGGCCGAAGUCGGAGCCGGCAUGGCUUCCCAGACCGGAUCUAACAUACCCCACCAGGCGUUUUUGGGACGUGGCCGUGGCGGACUCAGACGUUUCCGCACUCAGUGGGUAACAAGUGUGGACGGAGAGCGCCGCUUCAGAUGCUCAUUCUGUGAGCGGACUUUUGUGCGUUUUGGCCAGCUCAAGGAGCACAUGCGCAGCCACACUGGCGAGAGGCCGUAUACGUGCAGCCAGUGCGGCCGCAGCUUCACCAAACAAGGCAAUCUGAUCCGGCACGCCGUAGUGCACAGCGGAGAGAAGCCAUACCAGUGCAGCCUGUGUGGGAAAUGCUUCACUCAGCGCUCCAGCUUAAAGUCCCAUCAGAAAACACACAUGCCAGACAGAGACACUGUUCUGCAAGGAUUAGCUGUACGUCAGCUAGUCAGAGAGCAGCACGACAGCCUGGCUGUCACACAAACCAGGGGUUUUGUAUAGCAACAACCCAGCAUCGAUUUCAUUAUAACUUGUAUGGGCAUGUUAUAAGCAGUUACACAGUAGCAUUCCUUGACACUUCACAAUACAUAGCUGCCUAAAGAAGCUGUAUGUUUGGCCAGUGUUUACAUUCCCUAGAAACGUUCUUUCCUUUUCAGAAGGCAGCAUAAUGACAGAUGUCUUCUAAAAUUCUUUAUUUUGGUCAGAUAUGAAGGAAUAUCAUGUGCUGUUCUCGGAGGAGGACCUACUGUUCAUGAACAAGAGUUCUAUUGAAAGUUUGGAAAGUAUGACCGAUAGCUACCCUAACAAAAAACACUAGCUAGCUAAUGUAAUGUGUCUUAACAGGUCAUGUAGGUCAGAGUUUGUAGGUUGUGCCACAAUGUGGCAUUAAGCUUUCAACUUCUUUUAAGCACCAGACUCCAAUACAUUCCCAGUCCAUUAAAGAUUGUGGUCUUUUUCACCAGACUUGGCAUGCUAUGAGCGGUGCAUGUCAAUUGAGUUCUGUUAUUACGACAUUCCAUUUGGGUCACACUUGGAUUUCAAGCUAGGCUUGGCUCUUAAUCUAGACAGUGCACAGCUACAUUUCAGCCUGUAGUUCUCCUGCAGCAGUGCGCUCUGUCACAUCAAAUAAUAAUUUGAAGUAGCCAACAUCCCAAAGCAUAGUCUUCUAGAAAUGAUCUUGCCUCUUGUCAGACACUGUGUAUUAUUUUGUGGUGCAAAAACAACAAUAGGUAUGAUAUUGUGAAACAUGUUUUUCGUUACACCACUAGAGACAAUGAUGCAAAAAUAUUGCAUCUCAGGAUCUGUGCACACUUUCUCACUCUGCCCGUCACACAUAUUGGCUGUAUAUCAGUUGUGCUUGUCAUAGUGUAUUGAUUCAACACAAUGUCAUGAAAUCAUUUGGAUGGGUCUCCAACACUGUCACCAAUGGUGAUCCAUUUCCACCACAUACGGUGUACCAUUUCCUGACGGUUAGUGCACCCCUGUCUCCUGUCCUCUCAUGACCUUCAAAUGCAAGUGUUCUGGUUUGCAUUGUUUAAAAGGUUGGGAACCUCUGACGAACCUCUGAUUUAACUGGUCAGGUAGAGUUGCUUACCUAGUAGAAGUGUAGUGCAGUAUUAUUUAUUUUAUUAUCAUUUUUUUUAUUAUUAUCAUUUUUUUUUUUAGCAGGUUGAUGAUUCUCCACAAGGGGGUUCUCUCAAAUAGCUGAUUUAUUGUUACAAGAACCAGCAGGUUCUGACAAAAAUGCAUAUAUACAGUGUGUCCCAGUAGUCUCCAUACAUAGAGGAAAUUAACAUUUUGUAGCACAAUGUCUUCCAAAAUUUUUCAUACUUAGUUAAAUAGCCUUUACGAAUGCCUUGGACAAAAGAUGAACGUAUUGAAAUUAUUCUCAUGGCUGGAUCGUUAAGCUGUUGCGAGGUUGCGAUGGACUUUAACAGGAAACAGGGCGAGCACAUCACACACGACACUGUUGCCAAACUUAUUAACAAAUUCAAAAAGACGAAAGGUUGCAGACCAACCAUGAAGUGUACGUCCAUGAACAUCCACUGAUAAAGGCACAAACAAUGUGGCGCUAGUUGUGUCAUGGUUCUCUCGUGAAUGCGUGUCGGAGAUCUAUGCAGAAGUGAAAAUAUUUUGUGAAUGAAGACUUCAUUGUAGUUGUUUUGUGCACACCAAGCAUUCGUAUCACUUCAUAAAAUUGGGAUUAAACCACGAGUCACACGGAUUACUUUUUUACGAUGCCUUUAUGACCGUUUUGGAGCUUGAAAGGUUUGGUUUCUAGACUGUAUUAGGAGGGACAGAAAUUUCCCAGGUUUAAUUAAAAAUGUCUUCAUUUGUGUUCUGUAGAUGUACGAAAGUCUAAUAGGUUUGGAACGACAUGAGCUUGAGUAAUUGAUAAAAAAAAUUUCAUUUUUGGGUGAACUGUCCCUUUAAGUCAUUUUGGUAAGGACAUAGUAAAUGUUAAACAUUUUUGUUAAUAAAAAGAAAACAGUGGACUUGAGGAAAUGAAGUGCACAAGUACACAAGUGUGAAGGAUUUGAGCUUAGUGAUAUUAAAUAUGAUAACUUUCAUUAUUUUAAAGGAACAUUAAAACAGGUGAUGAUCCCCUGCAUAAUAGCACGUUUGCCUCACACCUCCAGAGUCGGGGGUUUGAGUCCCGCCGUGGCCCUGUGUGUGUGGAGUGUGCAUGUUCUCCCCGUGCUGCGGGGGUUUCCUCUGGGUACUCCGGUUUCCUCCACCAGUCCAAAGUCAUGCAUGGUAGGCUGAUUGGCGUGUCCAACGUGUCCGUAGUGUAUGAAUGGGUGUGUGAAUGUUUGUGAUUGUGCCCUGGGAUGGAUUGGCACCCUGUCCAGGGUGUACCCCGCCUUGUGCCCGAUGCUCCCUGGGAUAGGCUCCAGGUUUCCCCAUGACCCUGAGAAGGAUAAGCGGUAUAGAAGAUGGAUGGAUGGAUGGAUGGAUGGAUGGAUCCCCUGCAUAAUUUGAGAAAAACUUAUCUGUAUGUGUUUUGUUAGAAGACACAUUUGUUUUUAUUGAAGAUCACUGUUGCUUAGUGGUUAGCAUGUUUGCCUCACACUUUGGAGAUUCUAAUCCCGCGUCCACCCUGUGUGCACAGUGUUUGCAUGUUCUCCUUCUGUUUCAGGGGUUUCCUCAGGUUACUCUGGUUUCCUCCCCCAGUCCACAGACAUGUGUUGUAGGCUGAUUGGCAUGUCCAAAUUGUCUGUAAAGUGUGAAUGAAUGUGUGUGUGAGAUUGUGCCCUGCAAUGGGUUGGCACACCGUCCAGGGUGUACCCUGCCUUGUGCCACAAGUUUUCUGGGAUAGGCUCCAGGCUCCCUGCGACCCUGUUUAGGAUAAGCGGUUUGGAAGAUGGAUGGAUAUUGCGCAACUAUAAUUAAUAGGCAACAACUUCUCAGUGCUAGUACAGUAUGAAAUUGUAAUAAAUAAAUAAAUAAACGAUUAUAUCGACUUUAUUAUUAUUGUGACGUUAUAAUAUAAUGAGUACUACUGAUGAUUUUAAAAAAUCUUUUUAGAGCAUCUGUUCCUUUCAUGGUUUGAUUGCAGUAUGUGUGUAGCUUCUCUGCUAAUAAACUUCUUUAUGCUGUUCCUCACACCAACAAUAAAUCACAUUAACACAUGAUCAGUUUUCUGACACGAACCAGGAAAUUAGAACAUUUCAAACAACGGUGGAAUUCAGUGUUGGAUUUUGUAAUGCAUGGUAGGCUGUGAUCCAACAUUUGCACAUGCAGUUAAAAAAAUGCAACCUCAAUGUUAAAGUGAAAUUAGCACAUUCAUUUUAAACUUUGAGUUUUGUUUUUCUUUUUCUGUUUUCUUUUAUUCCUCAUCGUAUUAUUUGAAAAAAUGACGACACAGCUUUCAUAGUCCUGUCUCAGUGUUCUCUAUACAAACACCUAUGCAUAACAAGAUCUCUGAUAAGAGAUGACUGAUGUCCACGUGACAUGAAAUAAAAAUUAUGAAUUAUUUAUUUUCAUAGCGGUAAGUUAUUCUUAAGAAGGUGCCAGGCUAGUCUAAUGGUAAAUAAAUGUUAUACACUACAUUGGUAUCUGGCUGUAAAACGAAGAAAACUGACUGCUGUAGGUGAGUGAUGUAAUGUUAUCUUUGGCCACAUUCACAAUACAAGUUUAAUUGUUCAGUUCAGAUUUUUUUCAACUUUUAUGCCCUUAGGUCAAUAAUAGGUCAGCUGUAUCUGUUAUUUGAACAGAACACUGUUCUCAUUGCACUGAAACAACCCACAUUAUCACAAAUUUCAAAGUUGUGUAGGUGUUCUGUGAAUUUCUGGGCCAUGUGAAAAUGUCACUGUGAGAGGACCUUUGCUUCUUUUGAAAAAGCUUUUCAGUGCAGGGCCACUUGCAUCGUGAACAGCAACAAAAAACUGAAUUUUUGUUGUAGUGAUGAACUGAACAAACAAGUACCACAACAUUCUUUGGUUUGGAAGUUGACCUUAUGACUUACCAUAAGUGUGUAAAGCCUCGCUGAGUUUUGACAAAUCAGUGAUCACCAUUGUUCCUAACGACCAAUCACUGAUCAUCAAAGUUCCCAAUGAGUAGUCACUGACCACCAUUGUUUCCAAAUGACCAAUCACUGAUCAUUAUUUCCCAAUGACCAAACAUUAAUCAUUGUUCCUAACAACCAUUCACUGAUCACCAUUGUUUCCCAAAGACCAAUCACUUUUCACCAUUGUUCCCAAUGACCAAACACUGAUUAUCAUUGUUUCUCAAUGGCCAAUCACUGAUCCGCAUUGUUCCCCAUGACCAGUCACUGUUCACCACUGUUUCUCAAGGAGCAAUCACUGAUCAGAAUUGUUUCCCAAUGACCAAUCACUGAUCACCAUAGUUCCCAAUGACCAAACACUUCUUAUUAUAAGAAAUAAGUAUGAAUAUAAUUUUCUAUUCUGAAAAGUUUUAUUCUUCAUGUAACACAUCCAGCGACCAUGCGUUAGCUGCAUUAACUGCUACUUUCCCGUGAAGACUUGGGCCACAGACACAGCAUUUGCACAGGGCCCAGAAAUUCAUCAAAUAUUUUGCUCAUAAUUCAAGAAAAGCCGUUUCACACUGAUCACACAUUAAUGUUUGCAUUAUUUCUUUUAAUGUGUACUGUUUUAUAUGUUGUGCUUUCAUUUAGUCUGUAUUCCAUAAUUAUCCCAUCUAUUCCCGUAUUUACGGUAAGCAAUAGACAAACCGGAAGUAGACGCGCUUGCUGCUGUAGAGAUUCUGGGAAGAUAGCUAUAAUAACAAUAAAGUGAGUGUUUAUAUUAUUAUUAAUAAUAAUAAUAUUAAUAUAUCAGCAGAAAAGGUCGAGACUGAAGUUCGGGUGUAUGAGGGGCUGAUUUAUCGAAGAGGACGAUGCUCUCGGAGGACACGGCGACCAGCGGCAGCGUUUCUUUCCACAGUAGGCUGGCCUCGGUCAUGGCCGUGGUGGCUCAGUCGGCUGUGGCUGAAAUCAGCAAACUGUACGAUGACGGGCUGCUGGUGCUGCGUCUGGAGGUCUGCCGCAAAGACUCUGAAAUCGAGACGCUGAAGAUUAAACUACAGACGGUUGAAAACGAGCUGCGGCUUCUGAAAGACUGUCAGCGCCCAGAGACCACCAAACUGCUUCCUGCUGCCUGCUCACACAGACAAGCAGACCUUGUAGAAUGCACAGAGAGGACAAAUCAGCAUCUUUCUUGGAAACAUCAACCUGCUACUGAUGUGUGCGAUGGUAAGGAAAACGAUCAUGCAGGUGAAAUGAACUACAAAUCCUCAGAAGAAAUAAAUUUGCAGGACACUCUCACAAAGGAAACCACACUCACCUCUACAGAGCCACAACCUUCCACAGAGGAUCUGAACCAGCCAGCAUUCUGCGAGGAAGAGAGUGGAGCAGAGUUUUUGAAAGAAACAGAACAGGGGAUACAGACAGUUAUUUUAGAUGAGAGCAUUGAGUGUGUGGUGAUCGAGGACAGAAAAACACAGCCUUGGUCAUCCACGGAGAACGGCGUGGAACAUGCAGAGGACCCUGACUGCUCUAUUGUAACUGAACAAGACGGACAUCCGCAGAUCUCCUCCGUGUGGAGUGUCAGUUCUAGUACAUCCAGUCCUGUUGGUGAUAUGAUUAUGACAAACAGAGUCACUGUAGAAGAAAUGAGACAGCACAUGAUGCCACAGCAGCCCAGGAGUGCAGGAGGAUCAACAGACCUAAACCCAUCACGACAGGUAAAACACAGAGCAAAUGCAGCAGUCCAGCCCAGGCUCUUACUUCCUUCAAAAACUCAUGAACGGGUCACGCUCUUAAGCAGUAGCAUAAGCCCGAAGAACAGAGGAACUGUCACAGUAAAUGACAUUGCUAUAGCCAGGUUACCUCAGAGGAGAAGGCCAGUCAGAGAGAAAUGGUUCAUGUGUUCGUUCUGUGGGAAAAGCUUUGACCGUAUCAGCCACCUUCAGAUGCACCACAGAAUUCACACCGGAGAGAAACCAUUCCACUGCGGCAUGUGCGGGAAGAGUUUCUCUCAGCAAAGCAACUUACGCACACACCAGAAAACACACACAGAUCUCAGGACACAAAGCAAAACAUUUUGAAAAUAAGACUAGAACAUGUGUGUCAGUAAAAACUAAUUCUAGCACGUAAACCAACACCUAGCUAUCUUGGUUUUGUUCAUUUUAUUUUUUACAAUAAACAAAAAGUUGCCAAUA